AUGGCAUACCAACACGAUGGCGAUGACGCUCGUCAUCAAGAUGAUGCCGAGUACAACCCCCACAUGUCCGCCAGCAGAUGGCGACAUCAAGAGUCGUCGGCUUACCGACGACACGCCGCUCAUCAUGCCGCUCAAGCCCGCGAACCGGUGUCUACCGAAACGACUGGCGACUUGGCCAACUUCCUCAACUCUUCCAGAAUUGAUCCACCUGAAGAUCCCAGUGGUGGCGGCAACUUCCAACCCAUCACCGUAGCUGUUACACAGCCAACCGGACACGAAGCCGAAACCGACGGUCGCGCCGAAGCCCAGCCAGACGGCAAGGAAAUCGUGUGUGGUCCUUUGCUCAACUACCGCCGCAUGGACCAAAAUCGCUGGCAUGGAAGCGUUCUGAUCGUUGCCAAAGGCGGCGGGAAACAUGUUCUAUAUCAACCUUCCCUACUACUCCGUCGCUUGGGCGACGCCCGGAAGCUCAUGGCUGGCGCACCCCCAGAGAACGGAACUGACGAGUGCGCCGACCGAAACACGACUCCAGAAACUCGAUUUGAGCCCCAUCGCCUGUAUUCUGACGCCAGAAAUACGUUUUGGGCGUUUGAGAUUCAGGUUCCCAUCGAGGCCCAAGAAGUCAAGUAUGAGUACGUGAUUCCCGACAUGCGGUACUCCAAGGAACACAAGCCGCGGUUCAACAGCUUUUUCGUUCCGGCCGCCGACGAGUCCAUGCGCGUCAUGUUCCACUCGUGCAACGGCUUCAGCGUCGGCACGGAUGAAGAAGCCUUCAGCGGCGCUCCCCUGUGGAAAGAUGUAAUGCGCAAGCAUGAGAGAACACCCUUCCACGUCAUGCUAGGCGGUGGUGAUCAAAUCUACAACGACGGCAUCAGGGUCAACGGCCCUCUCCGUACAUGGACCGAAAUUAGAAAUCCCAAGAAGAGGGCUGAAUAUCCAUUUCCAGAGGGCUUGAGGUCAGAAUGCGACGAUUACUACCUGAAGAAUUACAUACGAUGGUACAAUUCCGAGCCGUUCGCUUUGGCCAAUGGGCAAAUUCCCCAAGUUAACAUCUGGGAUGACCAUGAUAUCAUUGAUGGAUUCGGCUCUUACGUCGACAGUUUCAUGCGAUGCGACGUAUUCCGUGGAAUCGGCGGCACGGCUCACAAAUACUACCUCCUCUUCCAGCAUCACUUACCCCCUCCGGUGUCAACCUACACUUCUGACCAUGUCCAAGCCAAUGGUGAGAGCGCUGGUGCGGAUCCCAAUCAGAUGAUGAAUACUUUUGUUGCGGAACCCAGGAUGGGGGAGCAAUACAUCGUAGGGACCAAGCCCGGUCCGUAUGUAGCGGAACACUCCAUCAACAUCUUUUGCCGCCUUGGUGCCCGUAUGGCCCUGCUAGGAAUUGAUGCACGAACCGAGCGGACCCGUCAUCAAGUAAAUUAUCCAGAGACGUAUGGGCUCAUUUUCAACAGGCUUCGAGGCGAGCUCGCAGAAGCUGCCAACACUGGGCGCCCAAUCAGGCACUUGAUCCUUCUCCUUGGCAUCCCCAUUGCGUAUCCUCGCCUCACUUGGCUCGAAAACAUCCUCCGCAGCCCAUUUAUAGGACCUGUCAAGUUCUUGCAUCGUCGUUUCGGUGUUGGCGGUGGUCUGUUCAAUCAGUUUGACGGUAGUGUCGAUCUCCUUGACGAUCUGGACGACCACUACACCGCAAAGACGCAUAAGCUCGAGCGAAGAAACCUCAUCGAAGAGCUGCAGAAGAUAUCGGCCGAGUUUUCUGUUCGAGUGACGAUACUGGGUGGCGACGUACAUUUGGCAGCGUUGGGUCGAUUCUACUCAAACCCGAAGCUGAAUCUGCCGGUCGAGAGGGACUGCCGUUACAUGGCCAAUGUGGUUUCUUCGGCCAUUGUGAACAAGCCCCCUCCGCAGGCAGUUGCCAAUCUGUUGGCGAGGCGAAACAAGAUUCACCACCUGAAUGACCAGACGGACGAAACGCUGCUGGACUUGUUCAACAAAGAUCCGGGCGGGUCGAACAAGACGGCGGACCGUAAUCACUGCACCAUGCCAAGCCGAAACUAUGCCAUGCUGACUGAGAACUCCCCCAACGCCUCCGGCAGGAACGGAGCCUUUGCUGCUGGUAACGACGGUCAGGAGAAGCCUUGGUUUGGCGGGCGUGACGGUCACUCCGAGCUGCACGAGGGCGAGAUUCGCGCAGGAACCGAGCACGAGUCGGCUUCUGAUGCUCAUGGCCGCGGCAACGACGGCAGUCUUGACAUUCGCGUCAACGUCGAGAUUGACCAGCACAGUGCCGAGGGCAAGACCCAGGCGUAUGGCCUGACGGUGCCACUGCUACGCUACGAAAAGCCGGCGACUCGUGGUUCGCUGGUAUCCAGCCGGCCUGCCGGGUCAAGCUCGCGGCCGGUGACUACGCAAUGA